AUCUGCAGAAAGCGAGACAACGGAAGAUAAAGUUACGCAGGGGAGUAGCGACGGGACAUGAGCGGGACUGCACUGCACACGACGGAUUGGUACUCAUUACUUGUGGUAGGGAGACUGAAUGGGCCAUUAGUGUUAGUGAUCAUAGAACUCCAGCUCCAUACCAGACUGUGCAUAGUUGAGGAGACAGAGUGUUUCCGCCGUGCCCUGCGUGAGGCAAGGGGGACGGGACUUUGGAUUGGAAUAGAACGAGGACGGAGGAUAAAGUACGUACUCCGAGUAACACCCUUCGAAGGCCGGUCACGGAUAAGGGCAUGGAGGCUAGAUGAUUACCCCCGAAGCCGUCGCUAUGAGGCCGAUCGGGGUAGAGGCGACUCCCGCGGCCGAUGGGAGAGGGACGGCAGAUACGAGAGAUCGGACCGGGAUGGAUAUAGGGACGACAGAUAUGAGAGGUCGGGUCGAGAUGGCUACAGAGGGAGUAGAUAUGAGAGAGGAGAUAGGGACUGGGGGAGUAGAUAUGAGAGAGGAGACAGGGACUGGGAACGACAAGAAGGGUCAAGUGGACGGUUUGAGCGCGGGGGAGAAGCGAGAGAGCAGCGUGAUGGGACACGAGGAUGGUACAACCGAGGGGACCGACGCGAUGAGUCACGAGGACACUAUGACUCGAGGGACUGGUGGAAUGACUCCCGAGAGCAGUAUGAGCAAGGAGGGUCUGGAGGAGACCGGCGCAAUGAUUCGCGCAGUCGAAAUGAGAGAGGGGGAUAUGGUGUCUCAUCAGAACCAUAUCCAAAGUCGCCUGACCCCAACGCGGCCAGGAAAUCGAUGUCUAGAGGCGCAAACGACAGUGCGUCUACUCCCAGGAACUCAUGCGUCUAUUGUAGAGGAGAAGAUCAUAUCAAGAGGGAUUGCGCGGACCUUAAACGGGCAAUAAAAGAGGGACUUGUCGUGCUUGACGACCGCAAGUACGUCAAGUGGGCUGAUGAUCUCGGAGAUGUAUCGAUGUUCCCUUCGAUGAAGGCGAAUGUCGAAGCAAGAAGAAUAAAAACGAGUAAAGGAAUGGAGCCGUUCAGGGGCCAGAGCAUCAAGAUAACCUUUGAGGGGGACAUGGCGACCACACCCAUAAGGGUGGCAGCCACCAAGUCGGCGAGAGGGUCUACAUCGAAGAAAACGGACACGGAUUAUGUGAUGGCAGAGAAGGACGGGCAGCGGGUCGAUGGAGAGGAGGUUAUCCUUUCGCCGCGAAAGCGGGGAGUGAAGAAGUUCUUAAUGAAGAGCUCGCUAGACGAGAUUGACACGGUCGAGCCAUUGACACGGUCGAGCCAUUGAGGCGGGCCCUUCGGCAACCCAUGCAGUGCUCUAUUCUGGAGUACCUGGCGGCAUCGAAGCCGGCUGGUGAUGAAUUACAGAUGA